CUCAGACGACGGCGGUCUCUUGUUAAUGACCAUUCUUUUGCAUUCCUUUUUCUCAAAAAAGAAGCGCUGACCACAUCGCCAACGCCCUCUUCUAAUUCGAUGGCUCACUUGGCGACUGUAAUAAACAGAAAAGCUAUCCAGUAUAGCAGCACACUUGGCUUGCCCAGACUAGUCUGUCACUGGAGGCCAAAUAGUUUGAGCCACAUUCCAGUUCGAGCCUACUCUCGCAAGACAAAAACCAGGCUCUCAAUCGAAACGUCGCAGCUCGAACGAGAGAUCCAACAAUUGGAACGGGCUAUUGUUGAUCAGGAACGCAAAGUGGCAGCUCAAAAAGCAUACGAAGAAUCUAUCCUUAAAGCUAAAGAGAGAUCAGAGUCUGCGAAACUUGUAUAUCAGAACGUAACAUCACCUCUCACAGCUUCUACGUCGUCGCCAACUAAGCGCAUUCCAGGAAAUGUUUAUACUCAACCAUACCUUCUGGACAGAAUCCUAGAAGAUCUGAAACUUGUAUUUAUUGAUUCUCAAGGCUCAAACGAGGAAACAAUCAAGCGAUUCCAGGAUAUCUUGCCUUCAGCUGAGGAUACUCAUGCGGCGGCAUUGCCAAGUUCAACAAUAGAGAAGCCAUCAGAGGACAUAAAUAAGGGACCAGCAUCAGAUUCCUUGGCAACUAUGGUCAAGGAUGCGAAUCCUUUAGCAGCCGAGCGUAUCCAAAAGUUGACCAUCGAGCAUUGGAACACGCUAAUAUAUGUGAACGCUUUGGAGGGUAAUUACAAGAAUGCAGAGAAAGUCGUACAACUCAUGGAUGAAGUCGGGGUUCAACCUGACAUGACUUCCUUCAAUCAUCUCAUGCAGGCAUAUGCAAAGUCUGAUCAGCUGAAAAAGGCCCAUAACACUAUUGAGCUUAUGUUGAAAAAUGGGCUUACGCCUUCAACCUCAGCAUACAGCUCGCUGAUGGAGAUUCAUGCGCGAAGGAGAGAUGUCGCCAGUGCUUUUAAGGUAUUCGAAGCUCUCAAACAACACCAUAACCCUGAUGUUGAUGUAUUCACCAACCUGAUCAAGGGAUGUUUACGAGCAGGGGAAUACGACCUUGGUUGGAAAGUAUUUGAACAGAUGCAACGGAGCGGCGCAACGCCUGACGAAAGCACCUAUAACCUUAUGAUACAUGCUUGCGCAAAGACGGACCAGGUGGAGAAAGCACUUGAUAUUUUCAAAACUUAUCCAAGUCGGGGCUUGCAUCCCACAGAAGCUACAUUCAGCAGCUUGAUUUAUGCCUGUGCAAUGCGACCACAAUAUUUUGCAACCGCGUUUGCACUACUGAAUGAGAUGCAGACCAUUUACGGAUUCGAGCCGGAUAUUAUGACAUACAAUACAUUGUUGUUUGCUUGCUCCAAACGACAAGAACUACUGACUGCUCGUAGAAUUUUUCAGAAGAUCGUGCAACUAGAUAGUGAAGGCACUUUGAAACUAGAUCCCAUCACAGUAACGAACUUUUUAUGGUGCGUGACCUAUUGGAAGACUAAAGACCAGCAUAUUCGGAAUAUGAAACAACGUUCGAGAUACCCGGCACAGGCCCAGAUUGAGUCCUCAUCAUCAUUGGGAGCCAAAACAACAGAGUUAAAGGAAACGUUAAGCUCGAUUGCUGAACCCCCUAAAGCAGGAACUACAGAGCUUAGUAUAAUCCCUAGCUACUUUAUGUUGCCAGAGAGGCCUCCAAAGGACGAGCAUGAAGCAUUGGCUGAGGGCGAAUUGGUUUUCUCUUGGUUUAUCUCACGCUGUGCGGAACAAUUCCCUGCCUCCGGAACCUCAGAACUUCAACCUAGUAAAGGCCUGGAAUCAGAGCAAAUAGAGGAUUCGCAGAUUGAAGAUGUUGCCAUUAUAGAUAACGAGGAAUCUUUAAGCCUGUCUCUUCCACAUCUAGCAUACAGAUCACCCAUCCGGACUCGACUCUUGAACGCCUAUCUUGCCAUGUAUGUCCGCCAUCUUGACAUGGAAAAAUCAACAGAGAUCUAUAGGGGUUACUUCAGUCAUUUCCAUCAGAAGCGCGACAGUUGGUCGUACGCGAUUAUGCUAGAAGGAUGCUAUGACUGGAAGAAUGUUGAGCUUGCGACUGAGGUCUUUCGGGAUUGGAGAUCAUGGCGAAAGAGUACAGGCAAAUUAACCGAAAAGUCGACUCGUCGGCCGGACUAUCAGUGUUACAACCGCAUGAUCAAUCUUUUGGCUAGGAUGAAUUAUCUAGACGAAUCAAUUGCACUAUUAGAAGAGCUUUCCAUCGCCGCUACUCCACCAAAUACCCGAUUACGCUCAGAGAUCGAGUGCACGGCUACAGCAAGACCAUCCAAUACAUCAGCAUUUGAUAUUUUAUCAUCAUCAUCAGCAUCACCAGCAUCAGCAUCAACAUAUGCAUCACAAGAAUCAUCAUCAUCUACAUCAGUAAUAUUAUCACAUAACAACGAGAUCCCGUCUUCACUGUCAUUUUUGGACCCCAUCCACCAAGAAUCUGUUCUACCAAUUUAUCCACAACUCAAAGAUUUUCCUAUUGUCUACACCAAAACCUGGGAGCUCGAGAAUGAAGGAGCUCGUAAGCUUUUAUUGCGGUUAUGCCAUGGAAAGAUCGACAGCCGGUCUGGUGUCACUCCAUCACUCUCUGUAAAUGAUGCGAACAGUGGACAGAGCCAAGAUAUUCACAGCAACAGCAACAAUGAUGAUUCAAUAUUGUUGAAAUAUCUGGAUAAGCGACCAACAAGACAUCAGAAAGCCCUCCGCAAUACUGCUAUCAAGUGGAAGGGUGAGCACCCACAGGAGAAGGGCUUUCAAAUCGGAUAUCGUCGCAUACGUGAACUGGAUCAAAACCCAUCAAAGCGUGGUCAAGAUCGUCGUUGAUGAAGAUCGGAUAGAAAUAGUAAUAUAGAUUAUUGUUUGUGCAAUUGUUUAAAUAGACCACAUACAUUUUUUUUUUAAAGAAAAAAGUAAUGCAAAGUG